GUUUCAACACUUCAAUUUCAUUGUCACUACCUAUAGAACGCAUUGUACCUGUACUUGUUCUCCAACUUUCUAGACAUUUCCCUUACAUGGUCCAGUCGAAAUCUGCUCAUCCUUAAAAUGGAUUCCACGUUGUUUCCUCUUCAGUUCAGAACAUUCUUCAUCACCCUCCCAUGGCUACUCUUUGUGCUACUUCAUGCUCUUCAAUUUCCAAAUACUCCUCGAUUUGCCGAAAGACCCACUUAUCAUUUUCCCUAUUUUCCACUUACAACCCAAAAAGAUUGAAUUUUUAUGCUCCUAAUAGAAAAGGAUUGAAUUUGUAUGUUCCAAAUAGAAAAAGAUUGAUUUUUUCUGUUAAAGCUGAGAAAGAAGAUGAGGGUUCAUCUUCUUCUGUGGCUGUAGCUUCAGAAGAAAAUGAUUCAUCUAAGAAUCAUGAGAGUGGUUCUCAACAUGAGUCUGAAUCAGAGUCUGAAAGAAUAGAAAGAGAGAAACAACAAGAAAUGGAUUGGAAGACUGAUGAAGAAUUCAAGAAGUUUAUGGGGAAUCCCUCAAUUGAGACUGCUAUAAAGCUUGAGAAAAAGAGAACUGAUAGGAAACUGAAAGAGCUUGAUAGUGAAACCAGUAGCAACCCACUUGUGGGGUUCUUUAAGAAUUUGGUUCGUGAUAGUUUGUCCAGAGAGAAGGAAAGGUUGGAGAAAGCAGAGGAGGCUUUUGUAGCUCUUGAUCUUAACAAGCUAAGGAAUUGUUUUGGCUUUGAUACGUUCUUCGCAACUGAUGUGAGGAGAUUUGGAGAUGGAGGAAUUUUCAUUGGAAACUUGAGGAGGCCUAUUGAUGAAGUAAUCCCCAAAUUAGAGAAAAAGUUAUCGGAUGCUGCAGGAAGGGAGGUCGUUUUGUGGUUUAUGGAGGAAAAAACAAAUGAUAUUGUAAAGCAGGCUUGUGUGGUACAACCCAAGUCAGAAAUGGAUCUUCAAUUUGAAUCAACCAAAUUAAGUACUCCUUCGGGUUACAUCAGUGCGGUAGCUUUGGCUGUAACAACUUUUGGCACUAUAGCUUUGACCAGUGGUUUCUUCCUUAAGCCUGAUGCAACGAUUGAUGAUUACUUGGCCAACGUUGCCCCUCUUUUUGGUGGCUUCUUGACCAUUUUGGGAGUUUCAGAGGUAACCACAAGAGUAACUGCUGCGCGCUACGGUGUCAAACUUAGUCCAUCUUUUCUUGUUCCAUCCAAUUGGACUGGUUGCCUGGGUGUUAUGAAUAACUACGAGUCCCUGCUACCAAAUAAGAAGGCUUUAUUUGAUAUUCCAGUUGCUCGUACAGCAAGUGCAUACUUGACAUCGCUAAUACUUGCAAUGGCUGCUUUUAUCGCUGAUGGAAGCUUUAAUGGAGGUGACAAUGCACUGUACAUAAGACCUCAGUUCUUCUAUAAUAAUCCUUUGUUCUCCUUCAUUCAAUAUGUUGUUGGACCAUAUACUGAUGAUCUUGGGAAUGUGCUGCCUUAUGCUGUUGAAGGUGUGGGAGUUCCAGUUGAUCCCCUUGCUUUUGCUGGACUUUUAGGGAUGGUUGUGACCUCUUUAAAUCUCUUGCCAUGCGGAAGACUAGAGGGCGGGCGAAUUGCACAAGCUAUGUUUGGCAGGAGCACUGCUGCUUUGUUAUCUUUUGCAACUUCCCUGUUGCUAGGGAUAGGUGGUCUAAGCGGAAGCGUACUAUGUCUGGCGUGGGGACUCUUCGCAACCUUCUUCCGUGGUGGAGAGGAGACCCCUGCACAAGACGAGAUCACCCCCCUUGGAAAUGAGAGGUUUUCUUGGGGUUGUGUACUCUUCUUGAUGUGUUUCCUAACCCUUUUCCCCAAUUUGGGUGGUACAUUCUCCAGCUCAUUUUUUGGUGCUCCAUACUUCCGCGGUGAUCUGUAAUUGUGUAUACUUAUAGAAAAUAUAUUGUAAAGUGCUAUUUUUUUGUUAAGAUCAGGUGUUAUCUCUCUAAUUGAAUGUUUAGAUGCACGCUUUGAUACCUUCCAGUGAAGUUAUUCAAUGAAAUGGUGCGAAAAGGCAUAACCUAUUAGCAGAGAUCA